AUGGAAGACGCUGGUGGAUCCUGUCCAAAACCAACCAAACGCUCUAUCAUAGCCAGGCCCGGGUUUGGAAGUAGCGGGCAUCCCAUACCAUUGCUCAGCAACCACUUCAAAGUUUCUGUCAAUGUCACAGAUGUCGUGUUUUACCAGUAUAGUGUUUCUAUUACUGCUGAAGAUAACAGAGUUGUUGAUGAAAAGCGAAAAAUAAUUGAUAGGCUUUGCCAGACGUACUCAUGUGAACUAGCUGGUAAAAGCUUCGCAUGUGAUGGUGAGAAAACCCUCUAUUCAUUGGUUCGUCUGCCACAGUCCUGGAUGGAGUUCACUGUUGUUCCUGAGGAAUCAAUUGCAAAACGUUGCAACCCUGAUGGUGGUCGUAGCUUUGCGGCAACUAGUAAGAGGCCUAAACGUCGUUUGCGGUCAGAGACUUUUGAAGUGGAAAUAGUUUAUGCUGCGAAAAUCCCUUUAAAUUCCUUUGCUUUGUCUCUCCAAGGAAAUGAGACAAAUAAUAAUACUCGAGAUGCUUUAAAAGUGCUGGAUACCAUCUUGAAGAACAGGCAAAGCGGGUGCCUUCUGUUAAGGCAGACAUUCUUUCAUGACGAUCCAAAGAACUUCACUGAUGUCGGAGGAGGUAUAACAGGAGUUAGACCAUGGAAGAAGAAAUGUCUUAGUGAUUUUGGCAUUGUUACACAGUGCAUUUAUCCAUCUACGAUUAAUGAUCAGUAUCUUACCAAUGUACUUCUUAAGAUCAAUUCUAAGCUUGGAGGAAUUAAUUCUCUGUUGGCAAUUGAGGAUUCCAUGCAAAUACCUCUCAUAAAAGAUACUCCCACAAUGAUUUUGGGCAUGGGCCUGUCUCUUGGCUCUGCUGGCCGAUCAGAUAUACCAUCAGUAGCUGCAGUUGUCGGAUCUCUAUAUUGGCCGCAUAUUUCAAGGUAUAGAGCUUCUGUAAGAGUUCAAUCUCCUAAGGAGGAGAUGAUUGAUGGUCUAUACAACCCUUUAGCUAAUGGGAAGGAUGAUGGCAUGAUGAGGAAGCUGCUAGAGGACUUCUGCCAUACAAGCAAUGGAAACAAACCAAAGCACAUUAUUGUUUUCAGGAAUGGAAUGGUUGAGUCACAGUUCAGUAAGGUUUUGAACGUUGAAGUGGACCAAAUCCUAAAGGCCUAUCAGGAUCUUUUUAAAAGUGAGGUAGACGUUCCCAAGUUCACAGUAAUUGUUGCUCAGAAGGAUCGCCACACUAAGCUAUUUCAAGAUAUUAGCUCUGAAAAUGUUCCUUUUGGUCAGACCAUUGUAGAUACAGAGAUUGUGCAUCCCAGAAACUAUGAUUUUUACUUGUGCGCUAACUGUAAGUAUUCUGGAACUUCAAGGCCUGCACACUAUCAUAUCUUGCUUGAUGAGAUUGGAUUCUCUCCUGAUGAGUUGCAAAAUCUUAUCCAUGCUCUUUCUUAUGUGAACCAAAGGAGUACUACCGCUAUCAGAACGGUGGCUCCUUUGCGUUAUGCUAACCUUGCUGCACGACAGAUGGGGCAGUUUAUGAAGUUUGAGGAUAAUUUGUUUGAAAUCUCUUCAGGACAGGGUCCAGUUCCAGAGCUGCCUAGGUUGCACAAGAAUGUUGCUAGUUCGAUGUUCUUCUGCUGAUGUGCUGCUGAUUGUUCUUCAUAAUAUAGUAGUUUUGCGUUUGUUGGCUAUAGCUACCAGUGUGCUAAGGCUUA